AUGAUUGUAAAGGACUAUAUACCUUUAAGUAUAGUAGAAAGUGAAGGAUUUCUUAAUCUGAUGCAGAUAGUAGUGCCAGAGUACAAAGUGCCGAGUAGAAACACAGUAAAAUCGCGUAUUGAGAAGAGAUACGAUGACGAAAGAGAGUCUCUUGUCAAAAACCUAGAAAGUGUUCAAUCAGUUUCGCUCACCACUGAUACAUGGACAUCUAAUGCUACUGACAGUUACAUGACUAUUACUGAACAUCAUCUUACUGAUGACUGGGUGAUGGAAUCUAAAGUGUUGAUGACUCGCGAAAUGCAAGAGAGACACACUGGUGAAAAUCUCGCAAAUAAACUGAAGGAUUGUGUAUCUGAGUUCGGAUUAGAAAACAAAAUUGGGUCAAUUGUACAUGAUAAUGCGAGAAAUAUGCAAAGUGCUAGUGAAAAGUGCGAGGAUUGGGGUGAUGUAGGCUGCUUUGGACAUACGCUUCAAUUGUGCGUAAAACCCGCACUUGAAUUACCAAAUGUAAGCAAAAUAGUGGCUAAAAGUAGAAAACUCGUUGGAUACUUUAAACAUUCCACGACCUUAACAGCAGAGAUGAGAAAUAGACAGAAAGUGUUCAAAGUUCCUGAACAUGAACUUAUUCAAGACGUGCCAACGAGAUGGAACUCAACGCAUCUCAUGUUAGAGAGACUGUGUGAACAAAGACGUGUUAUCACGGAUAUUAUGUUAGACGAUAAGUUCACUAAGAAAAGUGAUAGCAAUUUGUUACUCAAAGAUCACGAGUGGGAUAAUAUUUUGGAUCUCAAAGACGUGUUGAAGGACUUUACCCAGGGUUCGACACUAACGGGGUCCCGGGAUUCCGAGGAUCCCAAAAAGUCGGGAGGAAUCCCUGUGAUUCCUAGCUGGGGAUUCCGUUGGGAUCCCUGA